GCCCCUAAGGCGGCCCGCCCCGAGGCUCGGGGGCAGCACCGGGAGCGGUGGGGGGCCGCCUCUCCGCCGCCCGCCCGGCUCGGGCCCCCCGGAGGCACGGCGAGGAGGAGCUACGGAGCCCGCAGCCGGCAGGGCAGGCCGAGGGGGGCGGCCCGGCCCCGGGCCCGGCGGGGGGUGAGACAGCGGCUCUCCCGGUCAUGCAGCCCCGCCGCUGAAGCCGCCCCGGCGCAGCCCCCAGCCCCCCGGCCCCGCUAUGGCCGCGCCCCUCUAGACGCCCCCCCGGCUCUCCCCGCGUUGCCCCGGCCCCUCCCGGGGCCGCCCGCCGGAGGAUGGACGAGGAUGGACCGCGAACGGCCGACGAGGAGCCGGAGCCGGGAAGAGCCAAGACUUUCAUCCGCCUUAACGACCUGUCCGGGGCCGGGAGCUGCCCGGGGCCGGGGGAGCGGGAGGUCGGCAGCGGCGAUUCGGAGGCGGAGGCGCUGCCUUACCCGGCGUUGGCCCCCGUCGUCUUCUUCUACCUGAGCCAAGAGAGCCGGCCGCGGAGCUGGUGCCUCCGCCUGGUCUGUAACCCCUGGUUUGAGCGUGUGAGCAUGCUGGUGAUCCUGCUCAACUGCGUGACGCUGGGCAUGUUCCACCCCUGCGAGGACAUCGCCUGCGACUCCCCGCGCUGCCGCAUCCUGCAGAGCUUUGAUGACUUCAUCUUUGCCUUCUUCGCCGUGGAGAUGAUAGUCAAGAUGAUCGCGCUGGGGAUCUUUGGGAAGAAAUGCUACCUGGGAGACACGUGGAACCGCCUGGACUUCUUCAUUGUCAUUGCAGGGAUGUUGGAAUACUCGCUGGACCUGCAGAACGUCAGCUUCUCAGCGGUGCGCACUGUCCGCGUCCUGCGGCCGCUCCGGGCCAUUAACAGAGUCCCCAGUAUGCGCAUCCUGGUGACGCUGCUGCUGGACACGCUGCCCAUGCUGGGGAACGUCCUCCUGCUCUGCUUCUUCGUCUUCUUCAUCUUCGGCAUCGUGGGGGUCCAGCUGUGGGCAGGAUUGCUCAGGAAUCGCUGCUUCCUCCCUGAGAACUUCAGCAUCCCCUACACAGUGGAUCUGGAGCGCUACUACCAGACCGAGAAUGAGGAUGAGAACCCCUUCAUCUGCUCCCAACCCCGCGAGAAUGGGAUGCGCUACUGCCGGAGCAUCCCGACGCGCAGGGAGGAGGGCCUGGAGUGCACCCUGGAUUACUACGCCUACAACGACACCACCAACACGUCCUGUGUCAACUGGAACCAGUAUUACACCAACUGCUCUGCCGGGGAGCACAACCCCUUCAAGGGCGCUAUCAACUUUGAUAACAUCGGCUAUGCCUGGAUUGCAAUAUUUCAGGUCAUCACACUGGAGGGCUGGGUGGACAUCAUGUACUUCGUCAUGGAUGCACACUCCUUCUACAACUUCAUCUACUUCAUCCUGCUGAUCAUCGUGGGCUCCUUCUUCAUGAUCAACCUCUGCCUGGUGGUGAUAGCCACGCAGUUCUCCGAGACGAAGCAGCGCGAGAGCCAGCUGAUGAAGGAGCAGCGGGUGCGCUACCUGUCCAAUGCCAGCACCCUGGCCAGCUUCUCGGAGCCGGGCAGCUGCUACGACGAGCUCCUCAAGUACCUGGUGUACAUCGCCCGGAAGGGCAGCAAGCAGCUGGUGGAGCUCUACCGGGUGGCGGGCGUGAGGAUGGGCUUCCUGGCCAGCUCUGCCAGCAAAACGGGGGCUGAGCGGCACGCUGGCAAGCGUCGCUCCAGGAGGAGGAGGUCCUCGGUGCACCACCUCAUCCACCACCACCACCACCACCACCACCACUACCACCUGGGCAAUGGCAACCUGCGGGCGCCCCGCGCCAGCCCGGAGAUCAGCGACGUGGACACCAGCUCUCUCCACAACGGGACCAACCGGCUGAUGCUUCCCCCAUCGGCCCCAAACCCCCACGUAGCUCCCACCGCCACGGCCAGCGGCACUGAAUCCGUCCAUAGCAUCUACCACGCCGACUGCCACGUGGAGCCGGUGCGCUGCCGGGCGGCCCUCCCGCAGCCGAGCCCAGAGGACGUCCCCAGGAGCGCGGUGAUGGGCAGCAAGGUGUACCCCACAGUGCACCCCAGCACCUCCCAUGAGGUGCGGAAGGAGAAGAGCCUGGGGGAGGCGGCAGCGGGGGCUGGCAGCAGCACGCUGAGUGGGCUGAACAUCCCGCCUGGGCCCUACAGCACCAUGCACAAGCUGCUGGAGACGCAGAGCACGGGGUUCCUUUCAGUCCACGUUACAGAUAAAGGGGAUGGAUUUCGAGGUCCCUGCCCAAGCUCCUGCAAGAUUGCCAGCCCCUGCACCAAGCUGGACGGCAGCUCCCGCAGCCCCGAGAGCUGCCCCUACUGCCUGAAGGCAUUGGCCAACGAGGCCGAGCAGACAGACAACGAGACAGACUCGGACAGCGAGGGUGUGUACGAGUUCACACAGGAUGCCCACUACAGCGACCAGCGGGACCCACAGCGCGGCCGAGCCUGGGCCAGGAGCAGCAGCCGGGUGCUGGCCUUCUGGCGUGUGGUGUGCGAGACCUUCCGGAAAAUCGUGGACAGCAAAUAUUUUGGCCGUGGAAUCAUGGUGGCCAUCCUCAUCAACACGCUCAGCAUGGGCAUCGAGUACCACGAGCAGCCAGAGGAGCUCACCAACGCCUUGGAGAUCAGCAACAUCGUCUUCACGAGCCUCUUUGCCCUGGAGAUGCUGCUCAAAGUCCUCGUUUAUGGCCCCUUUGGCUACAUUAAGAACCCAUACAACAUCUUUGAUGGGAUCAUCGUGGUGAUUAGCGUGUGGGAGAUCGUGGGGCAGCAAGGCGGGGGGCUCUCAGUGCUGCGGACCUUCCGGCUCAUGCGGGUUCUGAAGCUGGUGCGCUUCAUGCCAGCCCUGCAGCGGCAGCUUGUUGUCCUCAUGAAGACCAUGGACAACGUGGCCACCUUCUGCAUGCUGCUGAUGCUCUUCAUCUUCAUAUUUAGCAUUCUGGGGAUGCACCUCUUUGGCUGCAAGUUCGCUUCUGAGCGGGACGGCGACACUCUGCCCGACAGGAAGAACUUCGACUCCUUGCUCUGGGCCAUCGUCACCGUUUUCCAGAUUUUGACCCAGGAAGACUGGAACAAGGUCCUCUACAACGGCAUGGCAUCCACCUCCUCCUGGGCAGCACUCUACUUCAUUGCCCUCAUGACGUUUGGGAAUUAUGUUCUCUUCAACCUGCUGGUGGCCAUCCUGGUGGAGGGUUUCCAGACGGAGGAGAUCUCCAAGCGGGAAGAUGCCGGGGGGCAGCUGAGCUGUAUUCAGCUGCCGGGCGACUCGGCGGCGGGGGAUGCGUCCAAAUCCGACUCAGAGGGCGAGCUCUUCCUCCGCAGCCUGGAAGAGGAGGGUGGACUGAAGAAAAACUUGUCAAACCCAGUCUUGGUGGCCCUGAGCGAGCAUCCAGAGCUGAAGAAAAGCCUCACCCCACCGCUCAUCAUCCACACUGCAGCCACGCCGAUGCCCAUGCCCAAGAGCGCCGUGUUUGGGGACGCAGCGCAGGGCUAUGAGUCGCGCCGGGCCAGUGGCGUCUCCAUGGACCCUGCUGCCUACGAGCUCAAAUCCCCGCCCAGCGCCCGCAGCUCCCCGCACAGCCCCUGGAGCGCCGGCAGCAGCUGGCCCAGCCGCCGCUCCAGCUGGAACAGCAUCGGCCGGGCGCCCAGCCUCAAGCGGCGCGGCCAGAGCGGAGAGCGCAGGUCCCUGCUGUCCGGGGAGGGCAAGGAGAGCUCAGAAGAUGGGGAGAGCUCGGAUGAGGAGCAUUCCAGCCGGGCCGGCAGCGUCAACGGCUCCUUACCUCAUCGCAUGGAGUCGCUGGAAGCAAAGGGCUCCUUUGACCUCCAGGACACCCUGCAGGUGCCUUCGCUGUAUCGGACGGGCAGCGUGCACAGCAGUCGCACCUCUGCCUCCGAGCACCAGGACUGCAAUGGGAAAACCUCUCCCGGCCUACUGGUCCAUCAGCUCCACCUGGACGACCCUCGGCCAGACUGCGACGAUGCUGAUGAUGAAGGCAACAUGAGCAAAAAGGACCGCAUGAAGGCCUGGGUACGGGCACAUCUCCCCACCUGCUGCAAGGAGAGGGAAUCCUGGUCCAUCUAUGUCUUUGCUCCUCAUUCCAGGUUCCGUCUGAUGUGCAAUAAAAUCAUCACGCACAAGAUGUUUGAUCACAUCGUUUUGGUGAUCAUCUUCCUCAACUGCAUCACCAUCGCCAUGGAACGACCCAAAAUCGAGCCUCACAGCGCUGAACGGAUCUUCCUAACGCUCUCUAACUACAUCUUCACAGUGAUCUUCCUGACUGAGAUGACAGUUAAGGUGGUUGCACUGGGAUUGUGUUUUGGGGAGAAAGCCUACCUGAAGAGCAGCUGGAACGUUCUGGAUGGGGUGCUGGUCCUCAUCUCCGUCAUCGACAUCCUCGUCUCAAUGGUGUCAGACAGCGGCACGAAAAUCCUGGGGAUGCUGAGGGUGUUGAGGCUGCUGAGGACACUGCGUCCCUUAAGAGUCAUUAGUCGAGCCCAAGGACUGAAGCUGGUGGUGGAGACACUCAUGUCAUCCCUGAAGCCCAUUGGGAACAUUGUGGUCAUCUGCUGUGCCUUUUUCAUAAUCUUUGGGAUCCUGGGAGUUCAGCUUUUCAAAGGCAAGUUUUUUAUCUGCCAGGGGGAGGACACCAGAAACAUCACAAAUAAAUCGGAUUGUGCAGAAGCAAGCUACAAAUGGGUCCGGCACAAGUAUAAUUUUGAUAAUCUCGGCCAGGCCCUGAUGUCUCUGUUUGUGCUGGCCUCCAAGGAUGGCUGGGUGGAUAUCAUGUACGACGGCCUGGAUGCAGUGGGAGUUGACCAGCAGCCAGUCAUGAACUACAACCCGUGGAUGCUCCUCUACUUUAUCUCCUUCCUGCUCAUCGUGGCCUUCUUCGUGCUCAACAUGUUCGUGGGGGUCGUGGUGGAGAACUUCCACAAGUGUCGGCAGCACCAGGAGGAAGAAGAAGCCAAGAGGAGGGAGGAGAAGAGGCUUCGCCGGCUGGAGAAAAAGAGAAGGAGUAAGGAGAAACAGAUGGCUGAUCUAAUGCUGGAUGAUGUGUUAAUGGAGAGCACAGCCAGCGCGGUGCCAGAAGCACAGUGCAAGCCCUACUAUUCGGAUUACUCCCGCUUCCGCUUCCUGAUCCACCAGAUGUGCACCAGCCAUUACCUGGAUUUGUUCAUCACCGGCGUCAUCGGCCUCAACGUGAUCACCAUGGCCAUGGAGCACUACCAGCAGCCCAAGGUUCUCGACGAAGCCCUGAAGAUUUGCAAUUACAUCUUCACCGUUAUCUUUGUCCUGGAGUCUGUUUCCAAGCUCAUUGCCUUCGGGUUCCGUCGCUUCUUCCAAGACAGAUGGAACCAGUUAGAUCUGGCAAUUGUGCUGCUGUCUAUCAUGGGUAUCACUUUGGAAGAGAUUGAGGUGAAUGCUUCGCUCCCAAUUAACCCCACUAUUAUCCGAAUCAUGAGGGUUCUCAGGAUUGCUCGAGUGCUGAAGCUGCUGAAGAUGGCUGUAGGGAUGAGGGCUCUGCUGGACACCGUGAUGCAAGCGCUGCCCCAGGUGGGGAAUCUGGGUCUUCUCUUCAUGUUGUUGUUUUUCAUAUUUGCAGCUCUUGGAGUGGAGCUCUUUGGUGACCUGGAGUGCGAUGACACACACCCCUGUGAGGGGCUGGGCCGACACGCCACCUUCCGCAACUUCGGCAUGGCCUUCCUCACCCUGUUCCGCGUCUCCACCGGGGACAACUGGAACGGGAUAAUGAAGGACACCCUGCGAGACUGCGACCAGGAAUCCACCUGCUACAACACCGUCAUCUCGCCCAUCUACUUCGUCUCCUUUGUGCUGACGGCCCAGUUUGUCCUGGUGAAUGUGGUGAUAGCUGUGCUCAUGAAGCACCUGGAGGAGAGCAACAAGGAGGCUAAAGAGGAGGCAGAGCUCGAGGCAGAACUGGAGAUGGAGAUGAAGACCAUCAGCCCUGGCCAGCACAGCCCCUCGGACAUCUUCACGUGGAUGGGCGGCGUUGGUGGCGAGAGGCCCGAGAGCCCCCGUGGAUGCCCCCAUCCCCUGCAAAUCAAGGAAAGGCACUUGUUUGAUACCAUAUCCCUGCUGAUCCAGGAGUCUCUGGAAGGAGAGCUGAAGCUGAUGGACAACCUGUCAGGCUCUGUGUGCCAUCACUAUGCCCUCCCUGCUCCCGAGUAUUACAGCUCUGAGAACCAGAUCCCUCUAGCUGAGAUGGAGGCUCUGUCUCUGACGUCAGAUAUUCUCUCUGAAAAGUCCUGGUCCUUAGCUCUGACGGAUGACUCUUUUCCUGAUGACACUAACACACUCUUACUUAAUGCUCUGGAAAGCAAUGCCGAGCUGCGCUGCAGGGACGCUGCGCUGACACCGUCCCCCUGCCAGGACCUGCUGAGCGUCAGGAAGCCGUCGGUGGGCCGCACGCACUCCCUGCCCAACGACAGCUACAUGUUCCACGCGGCCCAGCAUCGCUGCCGGCCCAGCACCGCCUCCCUGCGCCACGGCAGCCCGGCGCAGCGCAAAGCGCACUCAGGUUCAAAGGCGUCGGUGCAGUCGCAGCCAGCAGACACCAGCUCUCUCCUGCAAAUUCCAAAAGACCAUUUCCACCACGUGAGAGCUCGCGAUCCAUUGGUCAGGGAGGGAAAAGCCCUGGCGGCCGCCCCCAUGCACUCCCCUUCUGCAGAGAGGCUGCUCCGCAGGCAGAUGGCCAUAAGGAACGACUCCUCGGACAGCAAGGAGAACCUCCCCGCCGAGCUGAGUGAGCUCCCCGACCCCGAUAUCCCCAGCACGCCCCAGGAGGAGUCACCAGCUGCUCCGACCCCCUCAGAAGGAGAAGAUUUGGCUGCAUGGAGCCGGGCAAGCGUUCACACACAGCAGCAUUCCCACAAUCAAUACAACGUUUCAAAGCAGGCACCAGCAUCGUGUGCUUGUGCGGACUCUUAUCAGGAGACGCCUGGAGACUCAAUGGACCAAGAAGUGUCUGAAACAAACAGCUCCUCGGAGCCCUUCCCUUCUGAAACUUGCACAGCCUCGAGUGCCUGUUCAGAGGCACAGCCUCUCACUCCUAAGAGGAGCAUUGGCAAUACCGGCAGUGUUACGUUGAAGGACCUGAAGAAAUACCACAGUGUUGACACCCAAGGUCUUCUAAAAAAACCACCCUCUUGGUUGGAUGAUCAAAGGAGACAUUCGAUAGAAAUCUGCUCCAUGGAAAACAGCCCUCAGCACCAUUCCACAUCUAGCUCCUCUGGCUUCAUAAGUCAAGUGGUAAGUGAAAUGGAAGGCUUGCAAGGAACUCGGCAGAAGAAAAAGCUGAGUCCUCCGUGUAUAUCUAUAGACCCACCCAGCGAACAAGGCUUGCUGCCCAGAGGACCUCACAGCAUCUCACCUGCCAGAGGAGACACCUGCCUGAGGCGGCGCGCUCCGUCCUGCGAUUCCAAGGACUCGAUGGAUAUUGGGGAUUCGUUGCUUCCAGACAGCAUGUCAGCAUCUCCUACCCCAAAGAAAGACUUGUUGACACUUCCUAGCUUUUCCUUUGAUCAGAAUGAGAUGGAGCCCUGAGUUACUUUUCUGUUGGUGCCAAAUGUUUUCUUCCUGUCAUGUAAUAGAAAAACAAAUCAGAAAAAAGGAAAACAAACGAAAAAAGAACUGUAUUCCAAAAUGGCACUGGGUAAAAUAUUUCCAAAGAAGGAUUAAAGAACCAGCUGGUUAAAGGAGGGGUUAACCUAUAUCACGCUUACUUAAGCAUACGUUCUGCUUAGGUAAAAGCAAUACAAUGUGCAGAAUCUAUAUGUAUAUUAUAUUUUAUUAAAUUAAUUGAAUCUAGUAUUGCGAGAUGUAGUACAUUUUGUGACUAAAGACUCGUUUGAUUUUCCUCUAAUUUUAUGUGUCUCAGAAUAUUUCUGAGAUCAGGUGGGUUUAUAUGAACAUUUUAACCUCAAAAAUAUAUAUUUGAUCCCUUCUCUUUUUUUUUUCUUUUGUUUCGUUUGGGUUUCAUUUUGUUUUGCAAAGCACAAAAUGUAGCCAAUUAGUGCAUUAUGGAGGAAACGUAUCCCACAGUCAGCAGUAAAUAAGAAUUAUUUAAUGUAAUUUAUUUUUCCCCUUGGACUCGAGUCAUUUUCUGGAGAAUACAAAAAUGCGGUAGCGUUCUUUUCUGACAAAAUGAAUUCCCACUCUUGCAUAAAAUCGGCAUCCAGAGGAAAAGCAAGUGCACAGAGCAGGAGGGUGCAGCGCCGAGGGCUGGGAGCGCAGAGCCGGCCGAGCUGCAGGGGGAGCUGCGCGGUGCUGACUUGGAAUGGGCUGUUUUGGAGCUUUGGAUCGUCUGUGGGUGAUUCACAGAAUCACAUCCGUGAUCAUCGGUGGUGGUUUUGCUGUGUGCCUCGGGAAGCCAGCACAGCUGCCUGCAGGGCCUGCUCAGCAGCGCGGUGUCUCGGGCUGUUUCUGCAGUGCAGCCCGUUGCCCCACUGCCCUGCUGAGAGCCGUGCUGAGGUCGUUAAGUCAUUGUUUGAAAUUGCUGUUGAACAGAAGGGAGGCCUGCUGCAGUUGGCGAGUUGUCUUACAGAGUGCGUGUGAGGAGGUCUUGUCAAUACCAAAAUGUUUGUUGGUUUUCAGCAGAAGUUUUUCCUGUCACUGCUGGAGUUAAUUCACGUGAAGAACCUGAUGGAAGUUUUAUUUCCAACCUAGUGAAGUCCGUAAGCAGCAACUUUGUGCUGCAAAGCGUGCAGAAAUGGAAGCCUUCAUAGUCCUUCAUGUGUCCUUCAUAGCCCUCCUUAGUGUCAGCCAUCUCCAAGCGGUCCGUUCUGUGCUGCUGGCAGAGCCUGAAGCCAUGGGGAUGCUGGGGACGCCCUGUGUGCCUCAGCCCGCUGCUCACAGGGCUGACAGGAGGCAGACGUGGAGCUGAGAGGACUCCCCAGAUGGGGGUGAGGUGAGGGCUAAACAGGGCCUCGGAGGCACGGCUGUAAGUAUGCAACCAGCUGCAGCCCUCACAGGGAGACUUUGCCAGCUUCUCUCCUUGAACCCGCACAAGCCUGUGUUGGGUUUGAGCUCCUUUACUCCCACCUGAGGAACUUUCCUCCGCAAGCACCGUCUGCGCCCCAUAUAAUGCAGGGCUGUGCUCUCAGCACGCUGUGCUGCAGGCAGGGCCACAGCCGGGUCGGUUCCCCUGUGUGCUGUGAGCCCAGACAAACCCACCGGUGCCCAGCCCAGAGCAGAGCCCGUUUGGGGCGGUGACUUCAAACCAACCUUUCCUCAGUUCUUCCCCAGCUCACAUUUAAGGAAACAAUAAAAUUACAGUGCGGGAAAUAUUCUUAAUCCCUUUUUGGUCUUACGCUCCUAAUGAGCACAGCCUUUUCCUUUCACGUUUACUGAAUAAUUUGGGAAAAUACGACAUUGCUGACCCCAUUCCUUAACCAUCGCUGCGGCACAAAGCGCUGAAGUGACGUUGAUCCAAGCGUUCGGCCCCAAACAAAGCAGCACCCAAAGGCCGCUCUCUGGUCCAGCUUUGGGCUUUCGCCCCCUGACGCGGUUUGUGCGAGCAGCAAAAAGUUCACAUCACACAUGAAUAUUCAGCAAAGGCCAGCCGGUAAAAAUGCCGCACGGUGACGCGUUCAGGAAAGGAGAUCUGUGUAAAAUAGUUUGUUUUCUAAAGCAGACGCGUUUUUUCUAGGCGCCCUUUUGAAAAACAGACUCAGAUGUACUGCAGUGUGUGCAAUAAUCUUAAGGGAAUUUUAAAUACCUGCGGGGGGGGUUUUAUAGAAUUUGACUUUUUUUAAACAAAAUGUACAAAAUCCACAGGAAUUCUGUAGGACGGUUCUGUUGAUAGAUUUUUUUAUAUUUUUGUAGAAAUCUAUAGAGAAAUUGUUAAAAGCCUGCGUAGCAUCUUGGGAACAGGAGCAGCUCCAUCUCUGCUUCCCCUUCCAUAACCCUGGAGCCAGACCUGCUGUAGCGCAGCGCAGAGCUGCGUCCAGGCCGCGGUUAUCUGCACUAACUAACGAGGUCUGUGGUAUCGCAGUGCCAUUCCUGUCACUACAUGAACCACCCACCCCCAGAGCUCAGCCCGUGCCGGGGGCACAGCGGUCGCGUCGCUAUCGGCUCCUUCAAGCACACCAGCACUUUAUACUGUGGAUUUACUGUAGGCAGACGGGAGGACGGCGUUCUGCCACUGCCAGGCUGACAUGGGAGGAAGCAGAGACUGCGGAUGUGUGUGGAGCAAUGCCGAUUCCAGUUUUGCAGCCCCUUGCACAUAGGACUGACUUUCCUAGCUCGGUUCCAGGCCGUUGGUAUUGCAGGUGUUUUGGAGGAGGGUGAAGAAAACGCUGUUUUUGACUUCUGUGGAUUGCACUCAGCACAAGGCGUGUCCAAGGAAAAAGUGUUACGGUUGUAAAUUAGGCUAAGCCCCAGUCUCCCCUUUUCUGCCCCUCUGGCUCUAAUAACCCAUGUACACUAUUACACCAGGUGACUAGAGUAGGCACGGCACCGUUGCAACGUCCGUAACAACCUAGUGUAUAUGAUAGAACUUUGUAUUUACUAGUUAAUAUAUUGUUAUACUGUAUCAGGUAUAUAGGCCAAAAGGAGGUCUGUUGGUCAGGGCAACAAAAGGUGGUAUUCGUGGGCAAAAUCGGGUUCAAAAGUUCCUUUUUACAAAAAGAAAAAAAGACAAAAAAUGAGUGUAAAUCUUUACAAAUGACAAAAACAAAUGUGUCCUAUUAAAAGCUUUU